UGUUGUGCUAUUUUGGCGCCUUUUAAAUUGGUAGUUUUGCGUGAAUUAAAUCGUAUGUUUCUAUUUAAUACAUUUAUUUCCAUGGAAAUAUCUUCAUGAAUAUAUUUUAGAUUCACAAAUUUAUGAAUAAUGUCCCAGAAAACAAUUUUGUCAUUUUUUAAACAGGCUGAAUCAUCUAGUACUAAAAUCAAAUCGGAUAAAUCGAGUAGUAAUGGUAAUGUUGAUAAGCAAGCUAAUCUGUCAGAUGUGAAAGCAGAGAAAUCAGACAUUAAUGAUGAUACUAAAAGUAAGUCAAAAUUAAAUGGUGACAGUGUACAUCCAAGCAGUUGUGUCAAUGGUGAUGCUGAAAAAUCAAGCUCUAAGAAACCAAACCGUAAAAGCAACUUAAAAGAAAAAACUCCUGUUACUAAAAAGGUGCCUGCUAAAAGAAAUGCUAAAACGCUUUCUUCUCCUAAGAGUCCCAAAAAAUCCCUUGCUAAAAAUGAUACAUCUAAAGUCAAUGGUAAAUGUGAAAAUUCCAUUAAAGACAGUUUUAAUGAUAGUCCUGUGAAACAAACCAAAAAGCGCAAAAGAAUUCAGCUGAUUGCUGAUAGUGAUGACGAAGACUUUAAUGACUCUGAAGAGAAAGAAGUCACAUCUAAAAGAGAAGAUGAGGAAAUGGAAGUGGAUGAAAAUGACGAAAGCGAAAAUGAUGCUGAUACAGAAGCAACAAAAAGUCAUGAAAGCUUGUCUAAAUCUCCUGCAAAAGAAUCAUCUAAGCAACCUGCUAAGAAAAGAAAGACUUCACAAUUAAAUAAAACUGAUGAUAAAACUGAAACUGACUCCAAUAAAACUGAUGAUGAAGAUCUUACUACUGUGAAAAAGGACAAGUCAAAGGAUUCUGCUGUUUUGGAGAAAAAUUCUGGUUCUAAUUUAUCAGAACAUCCCAGUACAAGCCAGGAGAAUGAGGCAUGUACCUCUUCUACCACAUCAAAUGAUUCUAUUGAAUUUAUACCCAAAAGAAAAACAGCUCGUAAGCAGAUAAGAGGUGGGAAGCAGAAAAAAGAAUCACUACCAAAAACUUCCAAUUUAGUUCAGGAAGAAACAGAAACAUCAAACAAAUCUAGCUCGUCACCUGAUAAGAAAAAUAAGGAUGAUAACAGCCCAGAAAAGGCUAAUGAGACUGUUGAGCAAAAUUCAAAAAGUAUUGAAGAGGAAUCACAGGCUGAAGAACCUAGGCUUGAAGAAUCUGAGCCAGUAAAAAAGGAAGAGGAGGAAAACUCUGAGCCAAAAAAAGAGGAAAGGGAGGAAAACUCUGAACCAGAAGAAGAAGAAAGGGAAGAAGACUCUGAACCAAAAAAAGAGAUAAAAAAGGAAAACACUGUGCCAAAAAAAGCAGAAAAGGAGAAAAACUCUGAGCCAAAGAAAACUAUUCAUCCGUUUUUUGCAAAAAAGAAGGAAUCUGAUACUACUUCUUCUGAGGAGAAAGUCACUAAGAAAGACAUUAAAUGUUCCUCAGUUACAGGAACAUCAUAUGAUCCUUCAAAAACUCGAUAUCACCCAAUUGAUGAUGCUUGCUGGAAGAAAGGAGAAAAAACCCCAUAUCUUGCCUUAGCAAAAACAUUAGAAAUCAUUGAGGAGACAUCAGCCAGAUUGAAAAUUGUUGAAAUUCUUGCCAACUACUUGCGAUCUGUAAUCGUUUUAAGUCCAGAAGAUCUUUUAUAUUCUGUGUAUCUCUGCUUAAAUCGCCUUGCUCCUGAAUAUGAAGGCAUUGAAUUGGGUGUUGGUGAUAUGUUAUUGAUGAAAGCAGUUGCACAGGCCACUGGACGCACUGUUGACAAAAUAAAAGCAGAAGUAGUUGUGAAAGGUGACUUAGGAUUAGUUGCUGAGAGUAGCCGUGGGAAUCAACGAAUAAUGUUUGCUCCACCAAAACUCACAGUAUCGUCUGUGUUUUCAAAGUUUAAAGAGAUUGCCAAAAUGAGUGGCAACACGGCCAUGUCUAAGAAGGUUGACAAAAUCCAAGCUCUGUUUGUAGCCUGCAGGGAAUGUGAAGCCAGGUAUAUAAUUCGAUCUCUCAGUGGCAAACUGCGAAUUGGGCUAGCUGAACAGUCUGUUCUAGCUGCCUUGGCAAGAGCAGCUGUUUUAACUCCUCCAAAUCAAGACUAUCCACUUGAAAUCAUUGAUAAAUCUUCCAAAAUGUCUGCUGACUGUUUUAAAGAGUUGCUACAAGAGCAAACUCUUAUUCUAAAAACAACUUACUGUGAAUGCCCCAAUUUCGACAUGGUCAUACCAGUCUUGCUUAAAGAAGGUAUUGCUGGUCUUCCAACUCACUGCCAUUUACAACCUGGAUGUCCACUCAAACCAAUGUUGGCUCAUCCAACAAGUGGAAUCAAUGAAGUUCUCAAUCGUUUUGACAAAAAUGAAUUCACAUGUGAAUAUAAAUAUGAUGGAGAACGAGCGCAGAUUCAUAGAACUGAUAAAGGAGAAGUGAAAAUUUUCAGUCGAAAUCAGGAAGACAAUACAUCUAAAUAUCCUGAUAUAAUUUCUAGAUUGCCAAAAGCUUUGAAAGAAACCACUACAUCUUUUAUUCUCGACACAGAAGCUGUUGCAUGGGAUUCUGAAACUAAACAAAUACUUCCCUUCCAAGUACUGAGUACUAGGAAAAAGAAGGAUGCUGUUGAAUCUGAUAUUGUGGUACAAGUAUGCAUAAUGGCUUUUGAUUUACUCUAUUUGAAUGGAAAAUCGCUGGUAAAGAAACCUUUGAAGGAGAGAAGAGAACUAUUGCAUUCUUCAUUUGUGGAGGUGGAGAAUGAAUUUAUGUUUGUGAAAUAUAGAGAUGGGGACAAUGCUGAAACUAUGCAAGAAUUCUUAGAUGAAUCUGUGAAAGGUAAUUGCGAAGGUUUGAUGGUGAAAGCACUUUCUGUGGAUGCAUCUUAUGAGAUAGCUAAACGGUCGCAUAACUGGCUGAAGUUAAAGAAAGAUUAUUUAAAUGGCAUUGGAGACACUUUAGACUUAGUUGUUAUUGGAGGAUAUCAUGGUAAAGGUAAAAGAAAAGGUUUCUAUGGAGGAUUUUUACUCGCCUGUUAUGAUGAUGAAAAUGAGGAGUUUCAAAGCAUAUGCAAAUUGGGUACUGGAUUUAGUGACAAGGAAUUAGAGACACAUGCAGAAUUCUUCAAGAAUCAUGUCAUCAGUGAACCUAAGUCCUAUUAUCGUUACGACAGUAGUCUUGAGCCUGAUGUUUGGUUUGAUGCUGUUCAGAUAUGGGAAAUUAAAUGUGCUGAUUUAUCAAUAUCACCAGUUCAUAAAGCUGCCAUUGGAAUUGUUGAUCCAGAGAAAGGUAUCUCAUUGCGCUUUCCUCGUUUCCUCAGAAUAAGAGAAGACAAGUCAAAGCCUGAAGAUGCUACGGUGGCUUCACGAAUUGCUGAAAUGUAUCAGAAACAAGAGCAAGUACAAAAUACUAAGAAUAAAAAUAUGAAAUCUGAAGAGGAUUAUUAUUAAGUCCAUCAUAUCAUUUUUUUUCAUCAUCUGCAUACAAUCUCGUUCACCAUCAUUGAUUCAUUUUAAUG